AUGGGUAGUGACACUGUUUCUCAUCAAGAUUACGUCAAUAGGACAGGAGAACGAUAUCCGGUAACAAAACCACAAGAUUCUGAUCUUUUGCAUGGUGAUGGAUCAUUCAUGUCAGAAACGCAAACUGCUACCGAGUUUACAGCGAAGAAAGGUGAACGAUACGAUGCAAAACGUCCCGUUGAAUCUGAAUUAUGGAAGAGGGAAGGAUGGAUGGGCUUUGACACUGCUUCCCAUCGGCGAAUGCGUCAGUUAUUCAAAACGUUUAUUGUGUCGUACCUGUUGGUCUAA